AUCCGUGACGUCAUGAGCUAGGUGUAGGUAAGAUCACUGGUAACUGGUAGCGUCUUCGUCCAGCACAGUCCUGCGAACACUUUCCGCAUAACCGUCACUUUCUGCAGCCAAAAUGAAUGUUGAAGGGUUCGAGGUUCAUGAGGAUAAAGUAAAGUGCGCCACGGAGGCGUUCAAGCAGUUCGACAAAAAAGGACAAGGGCGCAUUUCGACCAAUGACCUUGGUCCAGCAUUUGGUGAAUUGAAACUCCAAGUAAAAGGAGAAAAACUAAAGGACUGGGCCGAUAUGGUCGAUUCAGAGGCCACUGGCUACAUCGACCUCGAGGGAUUCCUUUACGUUUUUGGCAAGAAACUAAAGGACGACCAGGACUACAAGGACUUGAAGGAGGCCUUCCGAGUACUCGACAAGAAUAAGACAGGAGAAAUCGAUACGUCCGACCUCAAGUGGCUUAUGGGCAAAAUCGCAGAUCCAGACACGACAGACGAAGAUAUCGAUGACAUGAUCCGAGAAGUGGACACUGACGGUUCUGGUGCCGUAGAUUUCGAUGAAUUUUACAAGUUGAUGACAAGUGAAUAAGCCAAAAAAGACCAACGCGUUUUAUUGACUGUACAUUAUGUCAUUCAAAAACUCUGUAUAUUUGAGGUGACGUGGAUAAAAUGUAAACCCUUCGGAAACAUGAAAAAAUUGACAUCGUUGUGGCCGUAUAAACGAAGUCCAGUCGUCGGAAAAUGGAGGUUUGGUCGGCGUAUCUACGGGGUAGAUCAGAGUUUUUGUCUAACUGGGAUUUCUAUUCUUGUUGAACUUAUUCUUGGAUAUUUCUCCUUUUAUUUCGUCGAUUAGGCUGGAUAUCAUUCAAACCACCUCCGACCUUGUAUGUGUGACCUUCAACUGCUUUUGGCUGGUGCGCAUGGAGAUUGUGACAUCUGAGAGUUGUAUGACUACAGGAUUAAAAAAAUUAUCAAUCAAAAGUUUUAAUCGUAUCACUUUACUAAGCAUUUAAUUACGGGACCAGUGUCCGUAAGAAUGUAUGAUGGUCAAGAGUUGGACAUCACUGCCAGUACCAGUACAUGUAUAUCGAACAGAAGAUGUCAUCACUUCUCGUUGAAAUUUCAUUAUAUAAUGUUCCUUCACCAUCUAAAGAGCUGAAAUCUGAAAGUGUUUUACAAGGAAAUGUUUCAUCCGCAAAACUGUGCCAUGUGACGUUUCAAUCAACACACACACAUGUAGUUCACAGUUUGGUUUCUCCUGGGUGUUGUUAAAGUAACAUCAAACCUCAAUCACUCCACGAAACACAAAUAUUGUGUUUUACAAGAGGAUAUUAAAUUAUUAUACAUUUACAAGUGUU